AUGACUGGAUCGACUCGUGUCGCCUCGCAAUCGGUUGGCUGCCAGCAAGCAAACAUCUCUCUCCUGAUUCCGAGGUUUGCGGGUAGCGGGGGGAUCAGCCGUAAGAAGAAUCUGAAGGACAAAGAUGAAGCGCGAUCUGACCAACAGAGUGGGCCUUUUCAAUCUGCAAUACGGCUGUGCCGAAUGAUCUCGUCAGCCCCUCAGAUUUUGGAACUUCCGUGGCCAUUUUGGUAUUGUCUUCCAAGCAGCUUCAACCCUUUUCUAUGCAAUCCGCAAUGGCAGGUCGAUGAAUGUCGCGGACUUGUUCUCCAGUGCUCAGGGGAGAGGGAGUUGACUGGUUUCAGCUUCAAUGCGUCCCUUUAUCCGAUGCAGAUGCUCCUUUAUCUCGAUAUGACGAAUCUCACAGAGCUCUUCAGACUUCUCAUUCAGUUUAUGGCGACGUUUGAUAUUCCGGUGCUCUGA